AUUGUUCUGCACAGUGCACCUUGACAAAUUUCUUUCCUUCUUCAAUGCCACGAUGGUCGUCGUGGCUUUUCUCUUCCUUCGUUUGAUUCACGCAUUAUACUCUAUUGCCAUCUUUGCGUCUUCGUGCUGGAAACGUUUCAAUUCUGUUCCUCCUCUUCCUCUUACAGCACCGCGUCGCCGUAUACCAAAACACUUGGCCGUGCUUUUCGUUCCCGACCUCGACAUACAUCCCGACAUUACCCACACAUGUCUAUUGGAAAGCGUCUACAGAACCGUGGACUGGUGUCGUGAAUUGGGUAUUGAAAAGGUUACAGUAUACGACAGUGAAGGGUUACUUCAGGCGUCAGCUACUACUAUUCAACACCAUAUAGCGUUAUCAUCGAAGCCUUAUGAACCAGCCAUGGACCACGAAUAUCCCCCGACACCUCCCUUAUCGGAACCGGAUUCCAGGCCAGUCUCUCCAGAGCAAAUUCCAGAAGUCAAUCCAUAUAUGAUUAUAUCUCUCCCCCGCUCUUGCUCUGAGGCUGUUUGUGAGCCCAAGUCCGGGCGACGGAGACGUACAGCUGCGCGCAAUUCAUAUGGACCAAUGACGCUGCAUAUCGUCUCCUCGUCGUCAUCUAAACCUGUAAUUGCUGCGGCUGCACAUUCCAUUUGCAAAUUAGAAAACUCUUAUUCAAAAAUAUCAAAUAUCGAUGACUUUAAACUUUCUGUUGCUGAGUUGGGCCAGAGACUUGAGGGAAAGGACGGAUUUCCUCCGCCUGACUUCAUGAUUGUCCACCCAAUGUCUCCAUCUAAAUAUAACCGCACACCUUUAGAAUUGCACGGAUUUCCUCCCUGGCAGACAAGACUUACUGAAAUACACCAUAAUCGACAUAUAAAACGGCACGCCGCUUGGAUAACUUGGGUCCUCCCUCAGAGAUUCUACUCUGCGAGAUGGCCUGUCCCACUAACGGAAAUGGCAUUCAGAGAUGCUCUUGACGAAUUCGCCGGUGCUGAGAUGCGGUUCGGGAAGUAGCCUUGUGUAUGGAUUUGUUAUAAUAAUAUCGGACAUUUAUAUACGUUAAAAUGCAUAUGGCGAACGAUCAACAACAUCUGCUUGUGUUGUGCAUACUUGAACUUAGUUGCACCUGGCGGUAGCCAUAAUAUUGCCGCGGU